AGCAGCCCAAGGAGCGCAGGCAGCGAGCGGGAGCGGGAGCGGGGGGCCGGCGGCGGCGGCUCAGCCAGCCCCUCUGAGCCGGGCAGCUGACGCGCAUGGCGGAGACAGCGGCGCCUACCGAUGGAGCUAGAGGUUCUCGAUUGGACUGGGUUGGUGGACUGAAUGAGCUGACCCCCCUGCUGCUGCUGCUGCUGCCCAAGAGGGCCCUGGGGCUGUCACCUGGAUUCCCUGGCUUCCUGCACGUCUCAGAAAUAAGAAUGUCUAAGCCCCUGGAGCCGGAGAAGCCAGGUUUGGACUCUCAGUCAGAGCACACAGAUACAGAAACCAAUGGACCAGACGCAAACCAUCAGAACCCCCAGAAUAAGGCCUCGUCGUUUUCCUUGUCCCCGACGGGUCCCAGCACCAAGAUCAAGGCUGAAGACUCCGGCAGUGACCCGGCCCCAGUGGCCCCCCCGCCCCCGCCCCCAUCCCAGCCCCACCUACCCCAGGCCCAGCUCAUGUUGGCUGGCGGGCAGCUGGCUGGGCUGACGGCCCUGAUGCCCACCCAGCAACAGCUCCUCCUGCAGCAGGCUCAGGCCCAGCUCCUGGCGGCCGCCGUCCAGCAGUCCAACGCCGCCGCCGCCGCCAACGCCGCCGCCGCCGCCUCUGGGCAGCCCCCUGCCCCCGCUGGGGGGGGUGACCUGCCGCCGCAGCCACCCGCAAGCCAGCCCCCGGCGACCCCCCAGCUCACCCUGUCCCAGCCCAUCCAGCUCACGGCCCAGGACAUCCAGCAGCUCCUUCAACUCCAGCAAUUAGUCCUUGUCCCUGGGCACCACCUCCAGUCACCUGCACAGUUCCUGCUGCCACAAACCCAACAGGGUCAACCAGGCCUGCUCCCAACACCAAAUCUGUUCCAGCUACCUCAGCAAAGCCAGGGAGCUCUCCUGACCUCCCAGCCCCGGGCUGGGCUCCCUACACAGGCAGUGACCCGACCCACGCUGCCCGAUCCGCACCUCUCGCACUCCCAGCCCACCAAAUGCCUGGAGCCACCCUCCCACCCUGAGGAGCCCAGCGACCUGGAGGAACUGGAGCAGUUUGCCCGCACCUUUAAACAGAGGAGAAUCAAGCUGGGUUUUACUCAGGGCGAUGUGGGGCUGGCCAUGGGCAAGUUGUACGGCAACGACUUCAGCCAGACAACAAUCUCGCGCUUCGAGGCGCUCAACCUUAGCUUUAAGAACAUGUGCAAACUGAAGCCCCUUUUGGAAAAGUGGCUCAACGACGCAGAGACCAUGUCUGUGGACUCCAGCCUGCCCAGUCCUAACCAGCUGACCAGCCCCAGCCUGGGCUUUGACGGGCUCCCGGGCCGGCGGCGCAAGAAGAGGACAAGUAUUGAGACGAAUGUCCGCUUCGCCUUAGAGAAGAGCUUUCUAGCGAAUCAGAAGCCUACCUCAGAGGAGAUCCUGCUGAUUGCAGAACAGCUGCACAUGGAGAAGGAGGUGAUCCGUGUCUGGUUCUGCAACCGGCGCCAAAAAGAGAAGAGAAUUAACCCCUGCAGCGCUGCCCCCAUGCUGCCCAGCCCGGGCAAGCCAGCGGCCUACAGCCCCCACCUGGGGCCUGGGGUCACACCUCAGGGGGCUGGGGGGACCCUGCCAUUGUCCCCAGCUUCCAGCAGUCUGAGCACAACAGUUACUACCUUGUCCUCAGCUGUGGGGACCCUCCACCCCAGUCGGACAGCAGGAGGGGGCAGCAGUGGGGGUGGGGCUGUGACCCCCCUCAACUCUAUCCCCUCCAUUACCCCCCCACCCCCUGCCACCACCAACAGCACAAACCCCAGCCCCCAAAGCAGCCACGCGGCCAUCGGCCUGUCCGGCCUGAACCCCAGCACAGGAAGCACAAUGGUGGGGCUGAGCUCGGGGUUGAGUCCGGCUCUCAUGGGUAACAACCCUUUGGCCACCAUACAAGCCCUGGCCUCUGGUGGAACUCUCCCCCUUACCAGCCUUGAUGCCAGCGGGAACCUGGUGCUGGGGGCAGCUGGAGGUGCCCCGGGGAGCCCAGGCAUCGUGACCUCACCACUCUUCCUGAACCAUGCCGGGCUGCCCCUGCUCAGCGCCCCUCCUGGAGUGGGCCUUGUCUCAGCUGCUGCAGCUGCUGUGGCAGCCUCAAUCUCUACCAAGUCCCCAGGCCUCUCCUCCUCCUCCUCCUCCUCCUCCUCCUCCUCCUCCUCCUCCUCCUCCUCCUCCUCUUGCAUCGAGACAGCAGCACAGACCCCCGGAGGGCCUGAGGCAGGGGCCAAAUCGGAAUGAAGACACCCCCUCUGCCUAUCCCUGCCAUCCUCCACCCUCGCCCACCUCUGGUCUCCCCAGUUGGGGAAGCCGGUGGUAGGGGGACAGCGGCGGGGAUUGAGGUGAGGGUCCGGGAGCUGGAGAGAGUGGAGGAAUCACCAAAAAAAAAAUACCCCCAGAAAGAAAAAACCAAACAAAAAAAAUAAAGUCAAGCCAAAUAGAAACAGACGUAACCAGCCGCCCAGAAUGAGCCGGGGCGAACAGAAGAAACCAAAAAACGAAACCAAAAAAACCCAGUCCAGAGCCAGACCUCAGUGCGCUCACCGCUCACCGCUAUAACACCAAAUCGCCGCGUCUCCCCUCCCUGGAGACCGGGCACCUCCGCCGGCUCCCUCUCGCAGCUGACGUCCCGGGGCUCUGCGGCCCCCGGCUACCCAGUGGAAAAGGACAACGUGUCGGUCCCGGGACGGGGGAGGGAAAGGGGGGGUGGGAACCAGGGGAGCGAACAACUGUGGAUCUUUCUUUUCCAGAAACCAAGAGACAGGGCCCGAGAAACCUCACAUCAAAUAGCCGGUAGCUUCAUCCAAAGGCCUGUAUAGAACUUGUAGCGUUUGGUGUGCUCUCCAUCCCUCCCCCGGCCUGGGGGGGUGGGGAAAGGGACUUGUUGUAACUGCCUUUUUUUUUUAACAGAGGGAGAGAAAAAGGGAAAGGGGGCAGACUCCCCCCCUUCCCUUGGCCCUUCCCCAUCCCCUUCUUUGGUGUGGGGGUCCGGCCACUUGGCUACGUAAAUCCCAUCUCCUGGGCUCCCCUGGCCCCUGGUUCUGUGCUUAGGGAGCGAGGUCUGGGUGGGGGCACGGCAGAACCUGGCAGGGCAGGGCAGGCCAGUCCCUGCUCUUGCUCAUUCCUGGCUGCCAGCUUCCCAUCCCUCUCCCUCAUCUCUUUAAAAAAACAAAAAAACAAAAAAACAAAAAAAAAACCCAACAAAAAAAACUCACAAAAAACAAACUCAUAUUCCAGUGCCUAUCCGUGGGAUCGUUAACGCUCUUUUACAUUAUCCAGAAAAACCAAAAAAUCGUUCCCUCGCCCCUGCCCACCCACUACUCGCAGGAAGAUGUCCCGCUCCUCCAACCCCACCCCCACCCCAAUCUCAAGAUGGCCACUCCCAGAAUCAGGGUCUGAGUUGGGGGAGGGGGAUGCCACCGUUGUCCUCUCAGUGGCUCCCCUGUGGGCACUGGGAUGUAUCUAGAUGACAGAGGCCUGUGGGAACACUGCCGUCAGAGUUGUCCCUCUGCCGGCCACAUCUCGAACCAAAAAAACCAAAAAAACAAAAAAAAAACAACAAAAAAAAGUACCACAAAAAAUAAUAAAACUGAAAAAAAUUUAAAAUAGAAAAAAUCUAUAGAUAUAUAUAUUUAAGGGAAAGAAGAAGAGAACUCAGACUCUUGAAAGAAGACACUGGAAGAUCCGGGACGGAAGCAUAGGACCUCCAGAAUGACAGCGAGGACCUUCAGCCUCCGGCCGAUGGAUGGACGGACGGAUAGAGACUUCUUUCUCGUCACAAAUACCUCAUGGACCUCUACGGGGGUUGGG